UUAUGGGAGCGAGAAUUUUUUUGCUGUUUUUCACACGAUGAGGAAAAAAACGUCACGAUAACUAAAAGCGAACGUGAGUAUGUUUAGAAGUGUUUUUGUGGAAAAAUAGGCUCAUUUCUGUAAUGUGGACACCGUUUGUUUACCUACCAUUCUGUAAGGUUAGCCCUCCAUAAUCGCUAGAAUACUCGUAUGUACAUAAUCGCAUGUACAAAUACCAUAACAUGUACUAAUGUUUAUCUUAAACCGAAGACAACAUGAGGAGCCUGGUUUGUGUCUGCCUCAGCUCGCUCUUGUUACUUCUCUCACUAUUACAACUGCUUAACCUGAUGACAUUUUUAGACAGAUUUUAUUUUUUUAAAAGGCUCAAAAGCUCGGUUCUUUCUAUUAAUAGCAGCCAGUCAUGGACUCCGCGUUUGAGAGGCACUGCUCGGAGCUGGUGGCCCGGGAGAGGAGCGGACACACGGCUGUGGUCCAGGAAGACCUGCUCUAUGUGUGGGGGGGGGGGCUUUCAAUUGCUGAUGGGGAGGUUUUCCUUCCCAACGAUGAAAUCUGGGUGUACGACUUAGAACAAGGUGCAUGGGAAAUGUUUCACAUGUCAGGGGAAGUCCCUCCCUCUAUGUCGGGGACAUGCGGCUGCUCUCUGAAUGGACACUUGUACAUAUUUGGAGGUUGUGAUGACAAUGAACAGACCAACCAGUGAUCACUGUUUGCCUUCAAACUGAUUUAUUGUGUCAACCUGACAGAUGGUAAAUACAUGUGGCGGAAGAUCGUGCAUGAGAGCGGCUCUGCUCCUUCACCUCGAGACAAACUGUCUUGCUGGGUUUACAAUGAAAGGAUCAUCUACUUUGGAGGAUAUGGCCGCAAACUGCUGACCAAUAUUGAAAGCAGGAACAGAAGCUUCAUUGUUGAUGAAGCAUCAUGGAUGGAAGAUGUCCUCUGGGGAUGGAACAACGAGGUUCAUGUAUUUGACACCAUGAAAGCCAGUUGGGGUGAACCACAGACCCAUGGCCGUGCUCCAGCCCCAAGGGCCGCCCAUGGUGCAGCAAUCAGCUGUAGAGGAUACGUUUGUGGAGGCAGAGUCAUGGAAACCAGGACGAGUGACAUUCACUGCCUAGACUUUAAAACAUGGACGUGGUCAGAAAUAAUCCCAUUGUCCACCUCUCCAGUGGGUAGAUCGUGGCAUACGCUCACCGCUCUAUCAGACGGCGGAUUGUUCCUGUUCGGAGGUCUCAGUGUAGACUGCAAACCAAUGAGUGAUGGGUGGUUGCUUGAUGUUGAAACAAAGAAAUGGAGAGAAGUUCAGCAUCCUUUUAAAGAUAAGCCAAGGUUGUGGCACACUGCGAGUCCAGGCAAAGACUCUGAUGUCAUUGUGUUUGGUGGAAGCUGUGACUCUAUCCUCCUUGUUGACACCGGUCACUGCAAUGAUGCACUUGUUUUCCAGAUGCAGCCAUAUCCUCUUUUCAGGAUUUGUGAGGAUUAUAUUGCAAUGAAUUUGAGGAACUAUGAGACGCUCAGAUAUCAGCUUCCUCUCCUUCCUCCCAAACUCCUGACGGCAGUACAGACGAGGAUGUCUUUCUACAGGCCGACCAAGAAGCAAAGAUAGUAGUUCAAAGAAUGUUAUCAUUGCCAAAAACAAUGCAAUAUCAUACAAUUUCUUAUUUAAGUACUGUACUUCCUUCAGUGUGAACAUUCCAAUCACACUGUGUGGCAGCGUUUUUAUUUUUUAAAUAUAUUGUGCAAACAUAUUUAUGGUGUUUUAUUUUAUGAUUUUAGAGAUGCAGAUUUUAUUUUGUACAGUCUGCCUGCUGAAUACUAUUACAACCUGUGAGGACUGUGAUAAUUAAAUGGCACAUUGAAGUGUU